CGACAACUGUCUCCACCACCAUCCGCAGAGUGAGGAGAGGGAGGAAUGGCCAAUGGCGUACGUCUCUGUCUUCUCUCUCGCCGUAGGAUUUAGAACGAGGUAGAAAGCCGAAUGAGAUAGGGAGGAGGAGGCGGAAGGCGACGGCUGGAGACAGGAGGAGAGGGGCCAGAGCCGCUCUUGGAUCGGUCGACGCCGAUCCCAAGAGCGCCACUUCAUAUUAUCUCAUCUCCUCUCUCUCUCUCUCUCUCUCUCUCUCUCUCUUCUUCUUCUUCGGACAGAGAGGACGGAUUUCUUUGGCACUUCUUCUCAACGAACCAUCGACGUCGGAAUUCUUCGCUUGUAGACUGAAUCGGCACACAUACGGUCUUUAUAGAUCCAGACUCAUCGAUUCCCGGUUCUCGAGCUCGAUCGCUGGCUUUUUGUUGUAGAUUUUGAAUUGCUGGACAUCAUCGUUUCAAAGGCCACAACUUUUUGGAGAGUUUUGUUGCAAAGAUCGGAUCUUGAUAUGGAGGGCAGGGAGCUGCGGCGAAGCGUGACGCUCCCGGAGCAGUUAUCUGUCACCGAUUCCUCCAAACUCGAGGACCUCCUCAAGGUCCGGGAGGAGGACGAUGUGCGUGUUUCUCGCCGCCGGGGCCGCGACUCGCUGACUCUGCGAUCGAUUAUCGCGGGCGAGAAGAGGGAGGACUCCGCCGCGGGAAGGACGCUGCUCGAGAUCAUCCAGCAGGAUCGCGCGGCGAAUGGAAACGCGGCGGACAGGAACUCCAGUAACGGCGACACAUGGAAGUCGCUAAGGGACCUCCUCCGUCACGGCGACGGCGUGGCCUUGGGAGCAGCGACACCCGGCGACCUCCAACCGGUCUCGGCAACCGAGCUAGUCAUCUCCACUCGCCCCAACCCCGUCCUGGCCCUUUCAGUCUCCGUUGGGAAUCCCGACUUUGCCGCCUCAGAAUCCACCGCCGUGGCGGCGACGGCUGCGACUGCGACUGCGACCACAACGCCUGUGGAGCUACCUUUAACCAACGAAGGAGAAAGUGAAGAAAUCAAUGGCAGUGAAAACUCCAAUCCUGUGGGCGCCGCCGGGUCAUCCUCGCCAGAGGCAGUGCCGGCGGCGGAGGAGCAGCAGUCGGCGAGGGUGUCCCUAUUGGCGUUACUGGAGCAGACGGACAGACAAUGGGAAGGAAGCGGACAGGAGGGGCUAUCGUUGGUCGCAGCGGCAGUGGACGAGGAGGUGGUGGCGGAGGACGAGAUGAAGGGCAGCGGAGGGGUGUCGUACAUGUGCUGCGUAUGCAUGGUGCGACACAAAGGGGCGGCGUUCAUACCGUGCGGCCACACCUUCUGCCGGCUUUGCUCGCGGGAGCUGUGGGUCAGCCGUGGCAACUGCCCUCUCUGCAAUGGCCACAUCCUCGAAAUCCUUGACAUCUACUAGUGCCGUGCCACCUUCCAUUCUCCGGCUCUGGCCACCGCCACCGCUCGUUAUUUGAUCUUUCUGAAGAAAACAUUGCAUGACGAGUGAUUAAUCAUUAAAGAGGACAUUAUUGAUGCCGAACUAGAUUUCUGGAUAUGCUCGUCCGAUGGUAGAGAGACUACUGACUGGCUGGCUCAUCAGCAAGUUCCAAAUUAUCUAAUGUAUGUCCAUUUUGAUAGACAAAUUUUAUAUUUGUGUU